AUGGCAGGUGUCGAGGAAUUGUACAAGCAGUUUGGAAUCCUCGCAGACGCGAAAGAAAAGGCGGGAGAGGUAAGGACUUGUUGAAAUGUUUGCCAACAUGGUGCCGGUUGCACCUUUCACGUGGACGUCAAAAUUAAACGUCCUUUACCUUUACCUUUAUUAAUUAAGUUAGUAAACCUGGUGAGGUAUCACACAAACUUUUUGAAGAAAAAAGAAAGAAAUGCAUAUACAUUGACUAGGCUAGUUUGGAUUGUAGGUCAUAUAAAAGUUGUCACUUUCUCCUUGAACACAGCUGGCGAUGGAGACAACAUGCACACUACCCCUGCUGGGAGCUGAUUGCACCCCCUAGAGGUCCUCGGUAAAAAGAAAAAUUUAAAAGCAUUCUUAGGGCUAAAGGACAUCUAGAAUUUAUACCCAUGACUGUUCAUUGUUCUUGUUUCCUUGGAGAAUUGCAAAUACUCUGAAACCUCUAUUAAGCGGACACCUUCGGGACCUUCCCAAGUGUCCAGCUAAUAGAGGGUCUCGGCUUAAUAAAGGUUGUAAAAAUUGCGGUUACGGUUACUCUGGACUGUGAUAAAGUUGCAUGUUGUUAAAGAAGCUAUCCAGAGUUCAAGUUCAUCACCAACUUUAUUACGUUUGUGAAUGCAAAAACAUUUGACUUCAGUCCUUAUUUCAAGGACAUAAUCCCAUAGUACUAUUGUCAAUUCAGUCUGGUGUCCACGUAAUAGAGCUUUUUAACAAUCGAAAUUAGCCAAAUACACCUUAUUUUAGUGUCUGCGUCCGCUUAAUAGAGGUGUUUGCUGAACAGCAGUUCAUUAUAAAGGGAAAACUCAGACAUUAAUUUCAGGACCCGGCUUAGUGUCCACUUAAUAGAAGGUGUCUGUUUAAUUGGGGUCAGCUUAAUAGAGGUAAUUAAGUAUAUUCUAAUCAAUGAGUCUGUGAAUAAUUUUGUACAUCUUACAUACUGUAGGCGACUUAGUUUUCUUUGUGUUUCAAGGGGUUGGAGGCCAAGACUACAGUAUCUAACAUAGCCUGCGUAGCAAGCGUUUCCAAUUGAGUUAUUGCACGAAAGUUAGAGCGGAAGUCAAAAAAAAGGUUGAAGGGGGAGGGGGAGGGGAGAAGAGGAAACGCUUGCCCGCAAACCCCACGAUUCUGGAAAAUGACAGCCUUGAUAACGAACAGGUUACCCCGGUUCAUUUGUAAAAUUGACUUUGUUCUCUCAAAAUAGAAACAUAAAAACAGAUUACCCCUGGAUUACCAGAUUUGUAAAAUUACUUUGUUCUCUAAUAGAACACGCGGAAGGCGAUUGCAAAACUGUAAUAAAAAAGAUUACAACGACCAAAAAGAAGGUUAAAACUAUGCGGAAAAAGCGAUUGCUGCAGAAUUUCUUGUUUUUUAUUGUGUGGCUCUAUCUCGAUAUGACCUGAAACCUUGUCGACAACGUUCAUCUAAAAAAAUGAUUUGUCCGGAACAAUUCACUCCGUCUAAUAGCCAAGAUAAGUAUUAAAUAAGUUUUUUGCAUGUAUUUGGCGGCGCGGUAUUUCGCUUUUUUCUUCAUCCUGUGUCGAAAACGUUCUAUACAAUAGAUGAAGCCCUGAAUAGAAAUUUCCAAUAAACAAAAAUAAAAAGAUUUUCAUUUAAAAAAGAUUGGCAAAUUUCUUGCUUGCUCAUGGCUGAAACCUUUCAAGCAUCAAAAAUGAUUUGUCCGGAACAAUACCGAUGUUUCCGAUUUAUGUUGAUGUUAUCUCCAACAAACAGUCCAUUUUUUCCAGUCAGAUCCAACAAACAGUCCAUUUUUUCCAGUCAGCCAUCAUUCUCAAUAAAUUGGCCUUCCCUAGUCUCCACUGCUCGAUCUCCAAUAUUAUACUUUGAAGACUCUGAUCUCAUAAACCGUCGCACAAACAUGAUUCCAAUAAAUAUCAGUCCAAAGCAUUUGUAAUCUGUGACCACAAAUCAGAUGAGACCAGAUCUGACGCACGAAAACAAAGCAUACGUGGUUUGAUUGAUGUUUUGAAUGCUAAGUAAUCAACACUACCCGCACUGCGCCAAUCAGAAGCCGCAUUCGUGGGCGAACGCAGUUUUUCAAAAUCGUGGGGUUUGUGGGCAAGCAGUUCCUUCGUUUCCCUCCCCCUCCCCUGUCAUUAAUUUUUUUUGCUCUUGUUCCAGCUUUCUAGACGAACCUCGUGAGGAAACGCUUGCUACGCAGGCUAUAUCUAACAUAAUGCUAAAGCUGGAAGUAUAAAGUUAAUCACUCUUAUAGAAGUGUGCUGCAACUCUUUGCUUACCUUCUAGUCUAGGAAUAUCACAUUUAUAAUAAUUAUAAAUUAUUUGGAUCCCAGACUGACGUUGCAAACUGGAGUUUAGGUCUUACUAACGUUUUAUACAAGGUCACUUUAACUUUUUCGUCACAGAACUAACAGUUUCACCUUGUGAGACCUAGGAUCUUAUUCGCACCAUUAACAACGAAUUCAAUAUGUUCCUUCCAACAUAAUUUGCUAUCUAACUCAACACCCAAGUAGGGAUGGGAGGUCAAAUUCUCUAGUAUUUGUUUGCAAAAUCAUAAAAUUUAUUGGAGUCAGAGUUUUCUUCAGGUUCAAGCACAUAGUGGAAAAUUUUAUAGGGUUAAACUGCAUUUGCCAUAACUUUUGCCAUUCAUCAAGCGUGUACAAUGUUUUGAUGCUUUUUAAUACUAAUGUCCAUUAUUCUUGUUUUUAACAGCAUGAAAGCGCAUUUAUAUCGAUUUUAGCUGCUGUGAAAGGCUCUCAGGCGGAGAAAAGGCUUGCUUCCCAGUUCAUCGCCCGAUUCUUCAAGUUCUUUCCAAAGUUGCAAGAAAAUGCCAUUGAUGCUAUGCUGGAUUUAUGUGAGGAUGAGGAUAAUAUGGUAAAUGAACUUGACUGCAAAAUACUUGAUAACACCAGAUCACUUCAUAACACUAUUUGAACCAUUGGUUUUUGAAGUAAAAGCAUUUACUGUGCUGUAGGUUUUCCAAAAGUUACUACAGUGAGAUUCCUCACUACAGUAUAUCACAUCUUGACUGCUGUCUGUUUCUGAUGUCAUCAGAUCCGACGUCAAGCCAUAAAAGGUCUGCCUGACCUCUGCAAGGACACACCAGAACAUCUCCCAAGAAUUGCAGAUGUUCUGACCCAAUUAUUGCAAUCAGGUAUGGUAUUUAUUUCAUGGCAGACUUCAAGAAAUCAGAGCUGUUUCUGUUUCAUUAGAUAUACCAGCUGUGAUUAGUGAUUAGGAGCAAAUUUCUCCUGAUAGUAUCAGUCCUGUACAGAAUCAGGAAGGUUGUAAAAACAUCACUCAAUAUUUAGUUUUCUCCUGAUAAAAGUAAAGGUCCAUAUUUUAUGUCAGUAACUCAUAACAGUCAUAAUUUGACUGACAAACCCAAGGCUGUCAGACAACUAAUGAUUAGAAAGGGGAUUAAUAUAGUUAUUAUUUUAAUCCCCCAUCUUUCCAUCAGUACCUUGUUGUAUGAGUAAUUUUAAAGUUUCUUUAAAAAGCUAUACAGAAAGGAAAGAAGUCAAAACAAGGAUUUGAGAUCACACCUGGGAAUUGAACUUGAUUUAACUUACUGUAAUAAUUCUUGCUCAUUGAUGUGUUGUUACGUCUUCUCUCUAGUAAUGCUAGCAAUAUAAUUAUGCUAUACCAGUAAUUAGAAUUUGUAUUUUGGUUCUAAGUUCAUAUGACCAGCCUUUUUCAAUGGGUUACCAUGGGUUAUUCCUAAAAUUACCAGCUUGUGAAUCCCUACAAUAUUGUUGCCAAUUAACUUUGUAUGAUUGUGAAAAUAUUAUUCCUUAUCUAAUGAACAAUGGUAUAUAUGCACAAUUCAACCCUCCCUCCCCUGGCCCUCACCACCACCACCAUAGAAUAGAAUGACUUUUUGCAGUUUAUGGUAGUCUUAUUCUAAAGUGCCACUUCCAAUAAUUGUUUUCAGCAGUGAGAUUUUGUAAGUGCCUUAUAAUUUAUCACUAUUUCCCUUGCAGAUGACCCGACAGAGUUAACCAUUGUCAAGAAUGCACUUACAUCACUAUUUAAAAUGGAGCCUAAAGGUAACUCUCAAACUUACAAUAACAUGCUAAAAGAAAUAUCCAUGGCAUUGCCAAAAUAUCUACACACUGUUCAUGUGCAUCACCACAUUAAUGUUCUUUAACCCUCAGGGACUAUUGGAGGGUUAUUUUCACAAAUUCUCAGCGGGGAAGAGGUGUCACGAGAGAGUGCUAUCAAGUUUUUACGUGGUGUUGUGGAAGAAUAUGGCAAGGCAGUAUUAAAUCCAUCACAAGAAACAGAAGAGUACCUUGUUGAAGAGAUAAAAAAGGUACGUCUCAGGACAUUAUUAUAAAAUAAUAGCAGGUACUAGUCCACAAUUGAGAAAUGUCCCUUGGUAACAGGGUGCAAAGAAAAUCAUUUUUACAGCUUGCCAUUCGGGCAAGCUGAAGCUAGCAUUUACUAGCCCAGACGUCAUUUCAACUAGCCCCAAAAACUUUUUGUUCUUCUGUUAUUCAGAUUUCUCAUAAAACAUCACCUGCCUGUCGGGCAAGUUAAAAACAGAAUUCACUAGCCCGAUAGCAAAAUCCACCAGCCCCCGGGCUAUCGGACAGUACUUUAUUUGCACGCUGGGUAAGCUUCUACAAGUAAGAGCGGUCAUUGACAUUCCUGAUAUUGUUUUCAAAUCUUUCAUAAAGAUUCUCCUUAGCUGGUUGUUAAGGUUAAAAUUUGAUUUAAGUGGCUCUACUAACAGUUUUCAUUUUCUGUAGAAGCUACUGUAUACCCCAAAAUGUGUGUGCUUUAUUUUAUUUUUAUGACUUGAAAGAGGCGUCAAUGGACUCAAACAUUCUGCUCGUGACACAUGUAUUUCUAGAACAUUUUGAGCAUUGUAAAGUGUAUCAUAAGGCUAUGAAAACAGCCACAAGCAUGAAUGUGUGACAGAACUUUGUGGCAUAUUUUAUUGUGGUUAAUGAUGAUCAUCUCUCGGCUAAUUAAAUGACAGUUACUCUGUAUGACAUGCACCUGUUUGUGCUUUUGUCACAGUACUGGUCAUGGUGUUUACAUCUUGUGAAUGUAUCUGAGACCACAGUUUUUGUCAGCCUUGGCAUAACUAAUUAUUCUCCUCAUAAAUAAUUCCCAAUGCUUGAUCAACUGUGAGGUUUGUGAGAAUAAAAGAACAUACAGUUGCAGCUCUCAUAAGCGACCACCUGGGAAAUUUGAAAAAGUGGUCAUAACUUACAGUGCAACUACUUUACCCGGGGCCAGUUAGACAAAGUUGACCAAUCAGAUUACAGGAAAAUAACGAUACAUUCCUAGAAAGUUGGUUGUGGGCCAAUCAGCAGCUCGUAAAGAAAUGAUAAGUUACUAAAAUUUAAGUAUUGAUUGCAAACAUUUUUCAACAAAGCAAAAUAUUUCACCAGACAAUUUUUAUCUAUUUGAAACUUAAUAUAUAACACCCAGGAGACAUGUUUGACACACGCUGUUAUUUUGUUAUCUACAAGCAAUUUCUGCGCUACCAUUGCCACACUUUGCAAUAACAUGUGACUUCAAGUCAAAAUAACAUUUACAUUUUUUGCCUUUUAAUGUAAUGUUAUUUUCGUGUAAUCCAAUAAUUGGUCAACUUUGUCUAGGUGGCCCCAGUUAUAGUAGUCAUACUGUAAGCUGGUCGUUUAUGAGAAUGAGCUCUUGUAGGCGACUGUAUGGUAAAACAAUAGAGGGUGGUUGCUUACAAGAGCUGUAGAAACUCAUUAAUAAUUCAUAAAGGAAAACAAAAGAAAUCAAUAUUUUAUGAGUGUCUUUAUAUCUGUUAAAGAAACGGCGAAACUUUAUGAGUGGUGAUCACGGUCACUUCAUGUUUGUGGUGUGACUCUUGUUGUGUUCAUCCCCAAAAGUGAAAACUGGGAGUGUUUUUCCCACCUUCUGUCACGCCACUUUCCACCAUGCUUUGAUCACGUGCUGUAAUGUAUCCCGAGCAGGGUACAAUUGCUCAUGAUCAAAUGUAUCACAAUCUGGAUACAUUUGAUUUUAGCAAGGCCAUGUGACCAAGAAUCAACCAAUGGAAGUCCCUCUUUAGUUGAGUGAAAGUCUAGGAAUAUAGCAGUAAAUAUUGUGAUAGAAUCAAUAGUGGGCCUAACUCUGGUAAGGACAAUGCAUGUUCAAGUGUUGACUGGUUUUCGCUUAAUAGGCAAUGGCAGAUGUCACAGGGGAAGAAUUUCGUACAUUUAUGACCAUCCUCUCAUCUCUGAAAGUUAUGGCCAGUGCCCAUCAAGAACUUGCAGAUAUUGUUACAGAGCAAGCUGAACUUAACCAACCUUUCCAGGUAAAUCACAUGCAAUAAAAGAAAGAUUUACAUUUACCUUAAUAUUAAUUUGUGGGUCAUCAUGUUGGUACAACCUCCUUGGUUUUCAGGUAAGUGGCAAAAUGAUUUUAUCUAUUGUCACAUACACAGAGUAAAUAAAAACAGUAAAAAAAGAAUUUAAAGACUGAAUAUAUAAUAUAUGUAUUAAUAAAACAAUCUGCCUGGACAAUUUUUUUGUGGUUGUUAUGAAAUAAUACUGUUUUAACCUGUGCUAAAUGUCUCUACAAUUUGGAUCUUUUAUUCAGGAACUAAGAAUGUAUUCUCGUAUUAGACUACAUUAUUUUAUUGGUUUUCUGUAUCAAGAGGAAAACAAAUGGGAUAUUUAUUUAUUUUAUGUUGAUUCUUCCAGCCUACUGAUCCUGAUAUUGUAGACAGAUUUUUGUCAUGUGCAAGACAAGCUAUUCCAUAUUUUGUGGUAAGAAUUUAGUUUACAAUAACAUUUUAUGUUGUCUCCAGUUGACUUUCUCAGUAGAGACAGUAGUGUACUGUACAGUGUGGAGGACAGACCUUUCUAAAAGGGCAUCAGUGUUGGGCUUGUCUCAUUCCUCUCCUUCUCUGUAACUGUUUUCUGCAGGAUUAAAAUAACUAGAAAGCCAAGCACAAAAGAACCAUAUAAUCUUUUGCAAAGAUUUAAGUUGUUUUUAAUCAAUCAAUUUACAAGUACAUGCUGUAAUAGUCAUUGAAAGGCUAUGCUCUAGCAGCACCCGGUGGCCCCUGCUGCCUAACGUUUGCUCCCAGGCAAUGAGAAAACGUAUGUUUUUUUCAUAAAAAUCAUAUGCUAGAUACCCUGGAUUUCGAAGGUUCAGAGGCUGCCAGGGCUCUCUUCAAUUUUUCUUAGACGUACAGCCUUGUUGCUAGUCUUAAUGCAAACUGAUGUUUUGACAAUAAGUAAUAGCUACUCCAUCUGGCAAAUUAUUUUUUUAUACUAUAUGAGGAGUGCUUACCAUGUGUAGCCUUGAUUUUGUAUAUUUAUUUAUUGGUACAUGUACUCCAGGGUGGGACAAAAUUAAAAGUGCUGUCCAAAAGCCCAGGGCUAGUGUAGCAGUCCGCUGGGCGAGCAUGUGUAACUAAUUAUUAGUUGUCUGACAAACAUGCAACAUUUGCUGUGAUAAAGUAAAUUAAUGUUAGUGAAGAGUGGGAUUGGUAGACCGGUGCAACUGCUUUGGGCAAGUAAACUUCAGCAUUAGCUUGCCCAUUUGUCAUUUGGUAGGCCAUUUGCAAUAGUUGAUCUGCUGAUCGACUUUUUGUAAACAUGAAAACAAAAAAUUGAGCCCCAUAAUGGUUAAGGAAAUAUUUUUCGACAGUUUGACAAUUUCCAAAUUUUCAAGGAUUUGUAUGGAAAAUCACUCAACCAUGACUGGGAGGCAAGAACCGUUUUUCCCAUACAAACCCUUCUAAUUUUGAGCAGCCAAAAAUUUACAGGCUACCUAAUUUUAAAAUUCUCAUACAGUUCCCACCAACAGGAUAUUCUAAAAGUAAACUGUUAUUGUGUUUACAGAAAGUUGAUCAUGUGAUCAUCUUUUACAAAAGUCCUAUGUUCAACUAACACAGAACGUAUUACUUCCUAUACUGUAGAAAGGAGCAUCAGCACAAACAUUCUUUACCUACAUAGUGGAGGGUGUUCUUCCAAAACUAAAUGAACUGGUUGCAUCAGAUGGUGAAGAUAUCAAGUUAGAUAUGUUGAAAUUAUGUGCCGAGAUGUCACCACAUGGUUUGACAGAUGAAAACAUCAAAGCUGCUAUUGAACCCAUUUAUAACUUGUUACUGGUGAGGUUUAUUUCAGACUUCUUAAACUCAUUAAUUAUUCAUGCAGUCCAAAGCCAAUAAAUGACGACCAUUAUUUUGGGUCAGGUGGAUGAAUCUUGAUACCUUAUGAAACACCAGAUAAAACAUUACCAAGUUUUCAACUGAGAUGAAACAUGUUUUUCAUCCGAGAGCAAACACUUGCAUUUUUGUGAGAUGUUUUUCGAUUAAUACAACUCAUGGAAACACUGCAAUACCAAACGUAACGCUGCAUGAUUUCUUAUUGUUUCAUAUGAGAAGACAUGUCAAAAAGUAAGGCUUUUCAGGCGUUGAUUUAGGGUAAAUACUAACCAAUUUCCUAAUGAGUGCCCAAGGCGUUAGCUUUUAGGGGAAGUCCAGAAAAUCUUUAUUGAAAAUUCAUUUAACCCAUUCGCCCCUGAGAAUUUUGCCAAAAAACACCUUUUGAAGCAAGUGGAGCUGUUUUCUAGUCAUUGUCUGCCUAUAAAGAGCUAAAACUUACCACAAAGAUGUUUGCAGGUGGUACAUUUUGCGGCCUUCUGAUCCACCUGCAAAAUAUCAGCUUGCAAAGUUUGGGCAAAAUUUUGAGAUUAUAGUUUUUGGGUUUAAAAGUCACACAGCAGUCUUGACUUCUUCUUUUUGCUUUUUUUCCUCCCCUCUUCUUUCACUUUUCUUGCCUGAUUUUUUUUUCUCUUGCUGGGCAUUUAGUAGGCUUCAUUUUGGUGAGAAAAGUUUUUGGGAAGGCUUUUAGGAUUAGAUGAAAAGAAAAGUAGGUGGGUAGUGGAACAAGAUCUUCAUGGAAAUAUUUGGGUCAAUGUUACAUGGUUUUUAAUCCUUUUCUCUGGUCUCCUUGACUGAAUUGUUCUCAUUUUGUUAUGGUUUGAAAGAUCUCUUCUCUCUCUGUAAGGUAGCGGACAAAGUUGUCCUUCGCUGUUAUAACUGAUGACAUCAGAAGCCGUAGAAGGGACCUGGAUCUGCAUGGGUGGUUUUUUGUAAAAUGGUGGAAAACGAUGUGGAUCCACUCCUGCUUUGUGCUUCAUCACGGGUUCCAAACGCCUUGAAACAGAUGAAAACAGUCUUGCUAUGGCCUUGUCUGUUUCUUGGUGUCUGGAACCCAUGAUGAAGCACUCGCCCUUGUUUUUGACUUUAAAUACUAUACUGUUUAUCAUUGUGAGUAGUUGUUUUUUCACACCUUCCUUUGUCCCAGGAAUACAUGCCUCUACCACCAGGGGAGGAGGAAGAGAAGAGUUCUGACCAAAACUCUGAGCCAAAGCUACAGUUUUCCUAUGUUGAAUGUCUUAUUUUUGCAUUUCAUCAACUAGCAAAGAAGGUAUGAUGAAAGGUCCCUUAUUACCACUGCUUUCCACCCAUUUUUUUUGAUGUGGUUCAGUUUUCCACUGGCCAGCACUUUUGUGUUGAAUAUUCUUCAGCACCUAAAGAUUUUAGUAAUAAUACAGCAUUUUAAAGAAGUGUAAAAGCAAAUUUGACUGCCUGGCAUUUGAAAUGUUUUUUAUUAAUGAACUGAGACCUACAUGUAGUCUCAAUGUACAAUCAGACACACUUCGUGCAAGAGUUUUUAAAUACAUGUAGCUCUUUUAAUUAUUAGAUUCUAUUGUUGUUCUUUUUCUGCAUGCUUUACUUCAUUCUUUUACAUUUUCAAACAUUUUUUAUAGUUCCUAACAUAUUUUUACACUUUACACAUAUAUAUGCUAAUUCUGUUAAUUUUUUACUUACUUGAAAGUGACUGAAGAUCGGUCCAAACGUCGUUUUUUAUCUGUGAUUUUUUACUGUGUUAAGUUUUAAAAAACCCUUACUUACAAGGUGCCUUAAAAUGUGUAGUUCUUUUUUUCCUCUUUUUUGUGUGUGCAUGUGGUCGUGUAAAUACCUUAAAUCCUCUUUUAAGCCCCCCCUCUCUAAUAAGCUCCCUCUUUUCAGGUCAUGAAAGUUAAUAAGCCCACCCCUCCCCUCCCCCUUAUUAUUAUUCACUAAUAAAUGAUAGUCUGUAUUAAUCAGUCACGACUGUAAAACUUCAUCUAGACUGAUCUAGGAUGGUUUUUUCACCAGCUGGAAGUUCAUAUCUGUUUUUUAACUUCGGCUGCAUGACCUCCAACUUCUUGUACUUGAGUUUUCCACUUUUGUGUUCUAGUUCUUUAUGGAGAAGUGAUACCAUCGUCUUUGCUAAAUCCCUUUUUUUUCAGAAUCCUGAAUUUUUAACGGAUACCACAGCGGCAGAGCGUCUCAGAGAUUUCAGACUAAGGUAAAUUUGCUCUGCUGUUAUUCACUCAGUGCAACUGUUUCGUGUACAUGUACUUUGUAGCCUUAAUCAUUUAAGCUCCAUAUCCACCCACGAAUUCUCCAAACUGAUCUCCAUACAUUUAUUUUGCUUCUAGAAUAAGUUGAGAGAAUUUGAUGGAAGAUCAAAGUGUUUAUCUCUUUGUUGAUCACUUUAUUAAUUCUCAUCACCUGUUCUCUUGACAAUAUGUGGAUAUUGUAAGGAGGAAAUUGAUAUUGGUCACUGUUGGGGCUUAAAGGAUUAAAGGUAGUGUUCUUAUUCUGUUGCAGGCUUCAGUACUUUGCUCAAGGUUGUCAAGUGUAUAUAAAACAGUUGAAAUUGUCACUCCAAGGCAAAACUGGCCCUGCUCUACAGGAAGAGGAAAAUAAAAUAAAAGUUGUAGCUCUCAGAACAACUUCUAAUAUCAACUCCCUCAUCAAGGUAUACUUGUAUGCACAUUGUUAGAUCGUUUCAAACUUUUGGGUAUAAGACUUUUUCAACUGGAAGGCACUGCUUAAUCCAGCCGAUCUGAAAAUUUUCGGCUGUUUUUUGAUUUUCAGCUCUUUGCAAGCAAUAUUAAGAGGAAACUUGUUCUACCAGAACUUUGUCAAUCAAGAGCUCAAGUGGGCUCAACAAAGACUCAAUUUUUGUCAUGAUCCAAUUAGCAUAAAUUCAGUUUUAGCAGUGCUCAAAGAAAGUUUGUUGGAAAUAAGCCAUUUGUUUAGAUUAUCUAAAUCACGAUUCAGAUCAACAUCAACAUUCUCAUAAGUGAUGUGGGUCAUCAGCGUACAUCCUAGGCUGGCAUGAUGCUAUGCAGUUUGGCAAGUUGUUAAUGUAAAUAAGAAAUAAAAUGGGACCUAUGAUUGUUUCCUGUGGUAUCCCACAUUAAAGUGAACAGAUUCUAGAAGGAGAAACCAAUCGAGAGGUGUUCUUUGUAUUUCGUUGAGGUUCAUUUUAGAUAAAAGGAUAUCAUUGACAACAGUUUUGAAUGCCUUCGUCAAGAAAAACCACCUCAUUAACAUCACCAAGAUCGAUAUUAAAGCCCUGUUAUCAGUACCUUCCAGAAGAGCAGUUACAGUUGAGUGUAAAGAGCAAAAACCUGAUUGAUUUGUAGAAUGAUAACCUCAUUGAUCAAAACGUUGUACAAUUGGUCAUAAAAAAUCCUUUCAAACACUUUAGCUACAUGGAUAAUGGCAAUGACUGAAAUAGGUCAUCUUCCUACACUGUCCACAUCCCACUGUCUCCAGAGUGUCUAUUCUGAGAAGUUUCACUCUUUAAAAAUUCUCACUUUUUAUCCCAUCUGUAUAGUUCUGAUAACUAUCUGAAUCAGGCCCAGGUGGUCCUAUGUCCAGUUUAUUCUUUCCACUAGCAAUAAAAGGAGACACUGUUUAAUAAGAGCCUUUUUUUUAAUUCAUGUUUAGGACUUGUUUCACAAUCCACCAUCUUUCAAAAGUUCUGUUACAUUGUCCUGGAAAUCACCGGUAGGUCUCUACAGUACACCUUGGCUUUACAGUGACUUCGCUCUUGAGAAUACAAAAUAUAAAAUUCAGAUGUGAAAUGUCUUUUAAAAAAAUAGAUGACUUUUAAUAUUUUUGUAUGUUUUAUACAUAUUGUUUAUAUUGCUGUAUUUUUUUUGAAUUUUAUUUUAAAAACUGCCAUAAUUUAAUUUAACUUAAAAUGGGACCACUCCAAUUAUUUUUUAAUAAGUCUGACAUCUCCAUUCUAGGAAAUUGUUGGAGCUUUUUUUUUGGUUAUUACUGUUAUUGACAUCAGUAUGCUUAGUGAAGUGUUACUCAAAAAAGUUCAUGAUGUAGAGACAACAAAUACAUGUAGGUGCCAAUAGGCACUAAUAUCUCAAAAUGAUGUUAAUUUUUUAAUCAUCAUCAUCAUUGUUAUUGUUGUUCAUCACUAUAACGACUCUUAACGAUCUUUUGUUGGUAGUGGAAGUUAAAACAAGAAAAACGACAGUCACAAAUACUGUAAUGAAAGGAAUCGAACUCUGAUUUUCUCUAAUUUUCUUUAGGCAAAGACCCAAACGCCUACAGUGGUAUCACCUAAAGAGGAGAGAGAUACACUUGUGGAUGAGAAGUAAGAUUGUUAUACAAGGUUCUGAUUUCUUAAAUCACUCAACCCACUCACAACAUUCAACAACAAACAAGAAUCAUAUUUAUUCACACUAUUUUGAUCACAUGGACAGAGAGAAAUUACAGAAAACAGUACAAAACAAAAUGAUAAAGGUUAUUUACAGCAAUUGCAAAAUACAUGUAUAUCAGUUUAACAUAUGUGCAACAGCCAAAGGAGAAGUACUUUUAGAGAUGGAUGCUGUUUAUUUAUAAAUAGAGAAAGGGGAAAUUAGAUGAUAAUUUACAUGGAAAUGAUACAGAGGUCCUGUCAGGCUAAAAUGUCAACAAGUGACAGGACCUUGACACAGUGACAUAACACAGAUGAAAUGGAGACAAACGACCCAAGUAUAACUUGACAAGUGGAAAUAUCGUAGUAAACUCGGUCAGGGACAUGGCUUUCUCCUUAAUACGUGAAAAAACGAAUUGUGAUAUUGAUUACAUUUUGUUGGGCGAAGGAAAUAAAGCUAAACAGCAGUGAGCUGCAGUGUAGAAAAUAUCCUAAGAAUGUAUAAAAGAAUGAGAAUUAUUAAGUAGCAACUUGUGAAGACUUUGCAGAAACAUAAAACCACCCUUGCUAUGUAAUCAAUUGUAUGUUCCCAAAGUACAACUCAUUUCAAAGAUGGGAGUCUUAUAUUAUUAUCACCUGCUUAAUUCAGAUUUUGUUGUUCUUAGAGACAGGACUUUUACUUACAGUUAACAUUCCAUGAAACUUUCAAGUCCUUAUUAUAUUUAUUUGGAUAAAAUAAUCUGCUAACAUGAGACUCGUAUCAUUUCAGUCUGAUGAUCGCCCAGAGCGUGAACUCGAGUUGCACUGACUUUCUAUCUUUAACUUUGUAUAUUUACGAUAUGUAUCCUUUCUAUUGGGCACAGAGAACAGUUCCACUAAAUAUAAUGUACAUUUGAUAAAAAUAGUACUUUAGAAGUCUUUCUCGAUCUCGUAUUCGGACGAAUGUGGCGAGUUAUUGUCUGACGACGAUGAACCAGUACAAGAAGAAAUUGAUGUGGGAGUCUGUCGGUAUGUUUCAGGGUUUGAUGCUGUCAUAUUACUCUUGAUGUUUAUCAUCAUUUCUUGUAGAGGUUUUCUCUCCAAGUUGAACUGCCGUGCUUUGGCGAUUUCCAACGCCUCCUCGGCUUUUUCUUUGGCCUCGGGAAACUUCCGUUUGUAGCAGUAAAAGUCUGCCUCGGCUGUCAACCUCUGAAUCUUUGCUCCAAGUGAUUCCCUCUUACAAUAAUUUUCGUCGUUGCGAAGAUUCUCCAAUUGUUUUCCAGUUUCUUCGAUACGAGACGUACCUGUCUCGCCUCGAAGGUUCAUUCUCGCCAUUCUGCAAACGGCGAAAUCUCGUUUUCCUACGUGCACUUCCUCUGGGUCCAGACAAGAAAACAAAUCAGCACAUUUCUGCAUCAGAUCUCUUGCUUCGUUAAUUGUGAAUUUCCUUCCGAAGCCAUGUAACAUGUAAGCGAAAUCUCUUGUGCAGCUGGCCUCUUCGUAGAGUAAGAUCGCAAUCACCAGACAGGACGGGAAACCCGCGGAUAAUUUCCUUGCUUCAUCUAAGCACUCCUUCGAUUUGCCAAGCUUUUUUUGCCGGCGAUAAAGGCCCGCAUCGUAAGAAUUUGAUAGCACUUCACAGAAACGCCGAAAUGGUCCGCUAGUUUCUGAAAAUCUUCUCUUUGCUUCGUUCAUCACUUUUUCGGACUCCUCCAACUUAUUUUGGUAACUCAGAGCUACGCUUUCUUCCAGAAGAGUAAUUAUUUGACAAGGCAGAUUGCCAACGUUUUGAUCCAAAAGGUUUUUAAUAGCGAAGGCAAAGUCCUCCCAGCGGCCAUUGUCGCGUAGCAGGUGUAGACGCUUGCUGUAAAGGUGAAACGAUGUCAGUGCUUGUUCAAGACUGGGGCCGUUUUCGUCCGUAAGUGCAAUCUUGUUGAGGGUCGAUGUUUGUGUCUCCUCAUCAGAACUUGUGGUGGAAAAUCUGGAAUUUUGUUUAUGUCGCUUUAAGCGUUUGCGUUCAAUUUUUUUGUUUCUCAGAGAGUCGCUAACGUGAUCAACGAGGCUUUCUUUCUUCCGUUUUUGACUCUUGAAGUACUGGCGUGCGCGUAGGUCUGUACUGCUCUGUACGCCGUCCUCCAAAGUGUUUUCAUUUGGUAAAUAUUGCUCACUCGUUAAUUCGAAGCCAUUGUGAAGCCUUUCUCUCGCUGUCUCGCCGUGUAAGCCACUGGUAUGACUCGAUGUAGCGGUUGGAUUUAUAAAUACAUUUACCUUUGUAUUAUCACCGAUGACCAAAGUUCCAUUGUUGACGAUGUUAAAAACAGCUGCUCGGUCGGCCAUGUUUAAAAGCAUUCGCAAAAAAAUGAUCCUACUCCUUUAUUUAACACCCCAAUCACGUGACUACUUCCGAACCACGCAGCUUUCGAAGUUCACUUCCGUAUUAGUUGACGUCACUCCAUAUGGACCGUCGCUCCUCGUUUGUUUUGAUUGUAAAACUGCUCUAGUGGUGAGAAGUUGCAGGUUGGUCCUGAGCUUCAUUUGCAUGAACUUGGAUAACAACAGUUGUUGAUGAUCUUUGAACUGUUUGCAACAGUUUUAUAGGCUGUUAAAUUUCAAGUUGUAUUUGCUUUUCACCUUUUCCCCGGAAGGGAAUUUUGAUAAGUUCAUUUUCUGUUUUGUUUUGGAUUUCUGAUAUUGACUCCCACGUUAGUUCACGUGACUACGUGGACCGUCGACCCCGUCUUUGUUUUGAUCGUAAAAUUCACGUCGUCACAUUUCUUGCUGUUGUUACAGGCCUCUUCUUGUAGACGUUUCGUUAAACGUUAGACGCUACCAAAAAAUUUAUUUGGGGAAGCUAUCUGUUAGGAAAAACUCUUUUUUUAACCAGUGAAACUUUGGUAAGAUCUGUAGAUUUUAUUCGCUGGGAGGCCAUUUUAGUCUGCAAAACUUGCAUUUCGCUUCGCUUGCAUAUUUUUUCUCUGCCGUCUACGAGGUUACGUGUAAUUAUGUCUUCGACGUCUGACGAAAUGGAAAAUUCAACGACUCAGUAUGUUGUUAACAUACAGGGAAAUUCUGGAACAGUACUCAUAGGCCGGAACAAUGUGGCAAAUGUCCAGUCGCCAACUUCAAGCAGUGCUACGACUUUGCUUCCAGUGGAUUCUUCUAGGGCAGAAGUGCUUCUAAUAGUCGACACCGAAAAUAUCUGCGCUCUUGGCUGCCUCCAGCAACUUAACUGUAGCAUAUCGCAGCAGACAAGUCGUUCGACCGAUUCGAACAGAAUGUUACCGAUUGGCAAAGAGCCAACAUGUAUGUCGAAGUUUUUUCCUGUGGUAAAGAAAAGGAAGUGCUGUCAUGUCGCACCGAGUGGAAAGCCAAGGAAGAAACUAAAUGAUCCUAAGCGGCGGAAACGCAACCCAAGAUUUUCUAGCUCAAGCUCUGGUGAGGAUGUCGGAGAAACGAAAAUCAAGGAGCUUGCCUUUCAUAGUGAUGGUACCAACUUAGAGCAAGCGCUUCAGUAUUUCAGUGAAUGUAUCACCCCCCUCCACCCGCUAAGAGAUAAUGGUCAGUGGGAUAAUUUCGAACGUGUUGCUCAAUGUCUUUUAGAAAAGAACGCAAAUGACCUGCCCCACCAAACCAUUAUUCAACUGGAGAAAAGCCUAGUGUUGAGUUUACAGGGAAAGUUGGAAGAAUCCGAGAAUCUAAUCAAUGAUGCGUUUAAAAACAUUCCACAGAUGAGCGGAGCAAUUCGACUCUUGCUUGAAGUCUUAUCAAACUGUUACCUUGGGCAACUUAGUCGUCGGAGAAAAUUGUUUGGCAAUGCCGAGAGAUGUUUGCAAUUGGCAAAGGAAAAGUCUGCCAGAUUUCCUCCUUCGUUACCUCUUACAAUACUACUCUACGAAGAGGGUGGCUACCUUCGAGACUUUGCAGCUACAAUUCAAGGUUCGAAAAAGGAGCUGGCCGUUGGUAGAGCUAAAGAAGUCACGAAGCGAUGUGUUGAGUUAUGUUGUCGGUUGGAUAGCGAGCAAAACGUAUAUACAAGAAAGCAGCACAUCGCAAUUUCAAGAAUGGUCAUCACGAAUCUUAAUUGCGAGACACGAGAGUCCAGAAGCAAACUUGUCCCUAAGAAGAAGAUCCACGAAGCCAAAAAACUUCUCGAAACACUUGAAAAUGACUAUUUUAACCAGACUGAAACGCAAGGAGCAAAGAUCCAGCGACUUAUGGCGAAUGUAGACUUGCAGUAUCGCCUUGGCAAUUUGAUAGAAGCUAGAACAAUUGCUGAGGAAGCGUUAGAAAUUGCCAAAAGGCUCGAGUUUAAUCUGGAUGUGAUGCCACUUGAAGAAAGGUUAGGAGAAAUCCAUCAAAAGAUUAUAGAAUCGUCCGGUAGCAAAACUUUUCGAGAGAUUCCCAGAAUCAAUGACUCGUCUUCUUGCUCUUCCAAGAACAACACACCAUAUUCUUCGGAGUACGAGGAGAAGUCUUAGGUCACCUUGUCGCAACGUAUUUUAACUGAUAAAGCUUCACGAUGACAAAUGAGUUGGCGAUUGUUUUAUUUGUUUUAUGGCAGCAGUUUCAAACUGAUUCAUAUUAUUUACUUCCAACGUGGAAACCACAGCUGUUGUAUUGCAACCUAUCCCCAUGUUUGUAUUUAUCAUAUUGGAUCAUAUUGGUCAUUGGCUUAAUGUAAACAACAUUUGCAGGUGUUUGUUUUUGUUAAUAACGAAAGCUCCUUUUUAUUGUGUAGUAUCAUUUUAAUGCGCAUAUUUACAAACUGCUCAGUAGGAUCACUGUAGCAGAACGUACAGGAAAACCCUGACAGUAACGACAAGAGAGUAGAAAUAUUAUUGUAGCGUUCAAAAUUGUGUGACCAAGGCGAAUGAAUCCUGUUAUUUUUUCAUAUUUGUUAAGCAUUGUAAAGUCGUUUUCCUUAUAAAGUUCAUACUACACUUGCAUAUUGACAAAGUUGGGCCAUUUGUAGCCCCUGCAUUUAAAGACCAAUGAAGUAAUAGGUUUUGAUAAGAUUGUAGAUAUUGGCCUGAUAGUCCCUUGCGUCAUUAUGCGCUCAUGCGCUAUGGUCAUGGUUGAUACAACAACACGGUUCCGAUAAAUCUUCUGUACAGUUCAUAACCCUCCUUUGUGUCUGUACAAUGCUUUUGGAUUUAUACGUCGGAUAUUUUAUCGUGACCUCUUGUUCACGUUCUUAAGUAUUUGUAUCUUAAUUUCUACUCUUCCCUAAAAUUACUUUUUAUUGUAAUAACCUUGUACAAGUUAGGCAACACCAAACAAAGUACCAAUCGGUAGCUUUGCAUUGAUUCUCUUUGUGUUGUCGUAGACUUCAAGUGACCGUAAUAUAUAAAUAGUGACGGUCCUAAACUUCGCGUGACAAAAAUAAGCGUCUCAAUAAGACGAAACGGCAUCUCACAAUGCGCACCUUAAGAUGUCAUAAUCGUUCCAUAAAGGUAAGGUGCUAUGCGAAAGAAAAAGAGGCACAUGGUUAAAGAUGAUUGUACUCCAUUCAGUUACACUACCCUGUAAACAGGCGUUACAAGGAGGAGACCCAGUCGACUUUCUCUCCUCGCACGACCUUACUAACUAACGUCUCUCACGCAGGCUAAUGUUAAACCAAGUCAAGUUCAAGAAUACGACUCGAGACUUUUAAGUACGAUGAAACGAAGAAUUAAGGGCCUGUUUACAUGGAGUGGGGGACCCCGGUCUAGUGGGGUUGGUUUCUUUUGUUUUCACGCUCUGGGGGACACAAAACAAAAGAAACUUACCGCACUAGACCGGGGUCCCCCACUCCAUGUAAACAGGGUCUAAGUUAUUUAUUUAUAUUCCUGAGGCUCUCUUAAAAGACAUUAAGAAAAAAUAAUUGUUUUAUUGGAACCACUAAUUUGUUUUGUCAAUAAUGCAUAAUUUUUUUCACGGGAAGUGGAGCACUUAAGUGAAAUCUCGAAUCUUCUGUUUCCGGGAAAUUUCCUCUUUCUGUUGUGUGACAUCUUUCGAUUUCGUCGCCUGCUGGAGAAAGGGUUGAAAAUUGACGAAAGGGAAGGAAGCGCAUAAAAAGACAACAUCGCGAUUCGAGACUUUCCACCCCAGUUUUGGAUGUGAGAGACUGACUCGUCGACCUUAAUUGAGCUUCCACACAAAAACAGUAAUAGCUAUAACAUUUAAAAUUCCUUGUUCUCGGUUUCUGAAGAGUGCCGCGAAUUAUUUCAGGAAGGGAGCUGCUCGGAAGAAGAUCCAGCUGGUUUAGGAGUCUCUCGGUAUUUUUCACUGCUCGAUGGCUUUGAUGAUGCUGCAAUCGUGCGUCGGAUGUCUUCCAGUCGAUCUUGGAGAGGCCUUCUCUCUAAGUAAAACUCUAGACUGUCGACAAGUUCUAUCGCCUCAAGGGCUCUCUUUUCAGCUUUAGGUAAAUUCUCUUUGCGGUAGUACAUAUCGACCUCCGCCUUGAGUCUCUGGAUCUUCGCUGUUUUUACUUCCUUCUUGCUUAACAAUCGCUCCGAAGGGUUUACAUAUUCUGUAGUGCUUGUGUUUGCCUCGUCUAAGAACUCGAUCGUUUUGCCAAGCAUUUUUCUGCGACGAUAAACUGCAGCGAGGUAGCAUUUCGACAACAUUUCAAGGAGAGGCCGAACUGAUCUUCUUGUUUGUGCAAUCUUCUCUGCCGCUUCGUUUAACAGAUUCUCCGAUUCUUCCAACCUGUUCUGGUAACUUAACGGCAGGCUUUUUUCCAGAGAAAUUAUUAUUUGGUACGUGAGGUUGCCACCGGCCUGAUCCAAGAUUAUGGGCAACACAAUCGAAGUCAGUCCAUUGGCCAUUGUCUCGAAGAGGAUGCAAACGCUUACUUCAAUAGUUAAACAGUCGUAGCCCCUGUUCAAGGUUGACAUCGCUUUCGCUCUCGGGUGAAAGUUCCUUGAACGUCGACAUAUUUCUUAGCUCUUCAUCUGAACUUGAAAUGGAAAAUCUUGAAUCUCUUUUUCCCCGCUUCACACACUUACGGUCAUUUUUUUUGCUCCUCAAAAAGCCGUUCACUUCAUAAAAAAGGCUGUCUUCCUUACGCCUUCCUCGUUUGUAUUUGCAGCGAAGCUGCUGACUGCUUUCAUCCCGCGCUAAAUUUUCUUCAAUUGGUAAAGGUGUCUUUCUCGAAAAUUGAUUUUUUUGUCACCACUUAAUAACAAAUAACAACUUUAUUGACUUUAUCGUCGACAUGAAGAUUUCAGUACCAAAACAAUCAAUAUAAUUACAAAUGAAACAAAUUAAAAUAAAAGUAAAGUAAGAGAGAAAGGAACAACAACUAUGUAUUGAACAUUAACAUAUUAAAUUUCGUGGCUAUGUGUGGAUUUGUAACAAUUUAGAAUAUUUUCAAUAUAAGAGGCACUAAGAUUUAUGAUGUUUUCAUCGCACAUAGACAUGAUAUAUUUAGUAAAAUCCAACUAGCGGUCUAUUAUCAAUGCUGCGUUCUGAUUGGUUGAGCUACUACUGGGCUAUAAGAUAUAGCCCACUAGUAGCGAAAAGCGCGGGCUUUGAAAACCAAAACAAUGGCGGCUGAAUCUCAGUUUGCAGGCUAAAGUUGUUUUGUCUUGAUAUUUUUGACCAACUAGUUGGAUUUUACUAAAACAAUUAUUCCUCUCGCCCUCAUGGCCUCUGAGUCAAUGGUCCAUUCGGCGUCGAGAAAUAAUUGUUUAUUAGAAAAAUAGUGCCUUGCAAGACAUAUUCGUUAAAUUACUGUUUAUUGAGUAUAGGCUCUCCAAGAGGGUACCCCUUACAUGAGAAAGUGAUGAAUGAUUACAUUUCCAGUCAACAAAUAGUGGAAUUCAUCAUGGAUCUAUUACAAAGGGGGCAAAGUAUCUCAGCUCUGGGUAUCAUGUUCAAUAGGUAGCAAUUCUUAACUUUCAUUAUUAAAUUUAGAUAAGUUUCACAUCUGACUUCGUUUUUCAAUGCACUGUAAAGACUUAAUUUAUUUACAACUGAGGUGUCAAAUUUAUCCUUGUUCAAAUUUUUCGAAAAAUAUUCCUGGUAUUGUGUUAACAAAUUUCUUUUAAACAUUCUAACCAGGUGAGGAAUUCUCCUAUAGUCAGUAGGUGGCAGAUUUGAAGUAUAAUCAGUUAAUUUAGUAAAGUUUAAUAGGUGCUUUGCAGUAGUAAACCAUGAACGCUUACCAAUAUUAUUUAAAAGGACAUUUUUGUAGGGUAAGUAACCUUAAGAAGUACUUAAAAAUGCUAGUGUAAAUAUUAAGAUGAAGAGGGAAACGUCCGAGUUCUCCGUUCACCGCAAGGUACUUGCUAUAGCGUGAACCCCUAAGGCCUUUUUGCAUACCUUGUUAUGCAUAUUCUCGGGUGUUAUUCUUUCAUCAAAAAUUCUCGAGACAAAUUUGUCAAAGUUAUUUCCAACUGAUUUUAAAAACCAACCUCAAAUUUCACAGUUGUACAAAAGGAUAGGGCUCACAAGAGAAUAAAAAAGUUUAAGAACUGUUGAAACAGAUGCACCAUUGUAAAUAUUUUUCUCUGACAGGAAACUAUUAAGAGACCUUGUGGCUUUAUUAUAUAACUUUUUCUAGGCCGGUGAAAAAGAACCAGAAGGCGUUAAAGUUAUUCCAAGGUAGACAUAACUAUCAGUUACUGCGAUUGGCUCAGAUUACUUAGUUUGAAUUCACUUCUAAAUAUUUCACCACUUAUUUUGAAAAUAAUAGCUUUUGUCUUCUUCAUAUUGAUCCUCAUUUGCCAUUUCUUAACGCAACAACUUAACUCAUCAAGGCAUCUCUGCAAACCAUUUUCUGAUUCGGAAAGCAGGAUAAGAUCAUCUGCGUAUAGUUAACAAUUGAUUUUGCAUUCUCCUAUGAUCAAGGGAUCACAAGUGGAGUCGAAUGGUUUUGUGAUGUAGGUGAGAUUUUCUGUCGUAAUGUCAUCCGAAACGCUAGCGUCACUAUGGCAUCGAUCACAUAUUGGCCUCUCGAUCGUCACGUUGUUAUUAUCGCCGAUUACGACGUUGCCAGUGUUAUUGUAGAUGUUUAUGACACGUUGUGGUGGUGUAGCGUGAUCGCUAUUACCAGAGUUUCCGUUCUGCUUGAUGUUUAUAUGUGACAAGCCGUCAUACGCAGCCAAUUUUCAAGACGUUCGCCCUUAUGUAGACUCUACCACGUAGUACAUCAACGAAGGCAGCAGUCGCACCGCUUAGUUAGACCUCCGAGAAGAAUUAACUCGACGACGUCGACGUAAAAUAGCGCAUCCUAAAAUAGAAAGAUAUGUGUCGCUUCCCUGCGACACAUAUUCAGAAACGAAGCCUUCCAAAACAUAAACACAGAGUCGCGUGACAAUAUGUGAAUCGAACUUUCUGUGAGCUUCCAUGACAUGCGUAGAAAAAGGGGUUUGUUUAGUAAUGAGAUGAAUUAUUUAAGUCUCCCAAGGAAACAAAGUGAUGUGACUUGCGGGUUGAACUUGAUUCUCGUGACAAUGUGACUAUUAAUGUUUAUAGUUGCUUUGGUUAUAGAACUUUAGUAAUGUUAGUUUAUGUGUAGCAAUUUGGCUUCUUAAAGAACCAUUGUAAUCGAAUCACUAGCUUAGCCUUUUUAAGAUUUUGUUUGGUUAGGUUCGGCUUGCGAUUUGGAAAGUACUCCAGUUCGGAUCCAUGGUUUGUAUGCCCUCCUAACUCAAAGAUGUUGUUUGCUUACCUCGCUGUAAAGCCUCAUUUAUACAAUAAAACAAAUUUUCGCUGGUAGUGUUUUAAUGGCAAAACGUUUUUCCCUCGACAACAGAACAGAAAAUGUUGUAUUUUGUCAUCGACGUACGUGAUUCUUCUGAUUAAUAUAUUGAACAACGGGAUUUGCAUUUAUGCUUGUCUAGCACUUUUCAUUUUCAUUAUUGUCGUCUUCGUUUUGUUUUUAUUUGGCAACCUUAGUUUUUUUUACUAUGAUUUUCUGGGUUAAUACGGUUCAAUGAAAGUCUGCAGCAAAUAUGUAAGUUUGAAACUGACCAGGAGAGAGAAAAUUAGUUCUGCAGACUAUGUUGCUGUCACUUGGGCAUUUGAGUUUAAAUAAUGAACUUUACAUUAUAAUACACCUUUCAAAUUGUCUCCUCAUUCUCUUCAUUCGACGAGUACGGCGUAUUAUUCCGGGAAGACAGCGAAUCUGAAGAAGAUUCAGCUGUUCUGUGAGACUCUCGGUAUUUCUUUCGGCUUGAUGGCGUUGAUGAUUCUACCAUUGUACGUCGAAUGUCUUCCAAUCGCUCUUGGAGAGGCUUUCUCUCUAAGUAAAACUCCAGACUGUCGACAAGUUUUAGCGCCUCAAGGGCUCUGUUUUCUGCUUCAGGGAAAUUCUCUAUGCGGUAGUACAUAUCGACCUCCGCCUUGAGUCUCUGGAUCUUCGCUGUUUUUGCUUCCUUCUUGCAGUAACAAUCGCUUCGCAGGGUUUCCAGACUCUGUAGUGCUUCUUCAUAGUUUGUUGUUGGUAUUUUCUCCUUUCUGGACCCCCUUGUUUCGCACUGAAGAUUCAUGAUUGCAAUUUUGGAAACUGCAAAGUGUUGUUUACGUGCGUACAAGUCCUGGCUAUCAAGACCGCGGCACAAGUCUGCACAACUCUUCAUAAACUCUUUGGCCUCCCGAAUGGCGUUCUUCUUUUGAGCCCCACUUAACAUAGCAGCAAACUCUUGUUUAUAGCUGCCUUCCUCGUAACGAAGGAUCGCGAUUGCAAGACAUGGCGGGAAUCGAGAUGAUAUUUUCUUUGCCUCGUCUAAGCACUCGACCGUUUUGCCAAGCAUUUUUCUGCGACGAUAAUUUGCGGCAAGGUAGCAUUUCGACAACAUUUCAAGGAGAGGCCGAACGGAACCCCUUGUUUGUGCAAUCUUCUCUACUGCUUCGUUUAACAGAUUCUCUGAUUCUUCCAACCUGUUCUGGUAACUUAACGGCAAGCUUUUUUCCAGAGUAAUUAUUAUUUGGUACGUCAGGUUGCCACCGGCCUGAUCCAAGAGUGUCUGGGCAACCCAAUCGAAGUCAGUCCAUCGGCCGUCGUCUCGAAGAGGAUGCAAAAGCUUACUACAGUAGUUAAACAGUCGUAGCCCCUGUUCAAGGUUGACGUCGCUAUCGCUCUCGGGUGAAAGUUCCUUGAAUGUCGAGACAUUUCUUAGCUCUUCAUCUGAACUUGAAGUGGAAAAUCUUGAAUCUCUUUUGCCCCGCUUCGCACGCUUACGUUCGUCUUUUUUACCUCUCCUCCUCAAAAAGUCGCUCACUUCGCAAACAAGGCUGUCUUCCUUACGCUUUCCUCGUUUGUAUUCUGUGCGAAGCUGCUGACUGCACUCAUCCCGCGCUAAACUUUCUUCAGUUGGUAGAGGUGUCUCACCCGAAAGUGGCAUGUUAGUGUCAUUAUUUAAUGUUUUGCUAAUGCAGCUGAGUAUUUUUGUCGUAAUGUCAUCCGAAACAUUAGCGUCAGUACGGUAUCUUUCUAAUCCAGCGCCACAACUUGGUGCACAUAUGUGUUCGAUCGUUACGUUGUUAUUAUCGCCGAUUACGACGUUGCCAGUGUUAUUGUUGAGGUUUAUGACAAUGGUUGGUGGUGUAGCGUGAUCACUGUUACUAGAGUCUCCAUUUUGCUCCAUGUUUAUAUUUGCCAAGGCGUCGUACGCAGCCAUUUUUCAAGACUUUCGCUCUUCUGUGGACUCCACCACGUAGUUCAUCAACAAAGGCAGCAGUCUCACCGCUCAUUUAGUUCUCCGUGAAGACUUAGCUCGAUUUAGUCGGCGUAAAAUAGCGCACUAUAAAGUAGAACGAAUAUGUGUCGCUUCCGUGCGGCACAGUUUCGAUCGCUUGUUCACAGGAUAUGAAACCUUCGAAAACGUAAACACAGAAUCACGUGACAAUACGUGAAUUGGACUUCCUGUGAACUUUCCCUGACAUGUGCGGAAAAAAGGCUUUGUUUUGGUAAUUUGAUGCAUAAUUAUAGUGCCGGGUCCGAGGAAAACAAAGUGACGUGACUUGCGGGACGAAACUGAUUCUCGUGACAAGUUUGAUUAUUAAUGUUUACAGUUUGCUUUGGUGUUAAUCGGUUCCAAUAAGAAUUGCUAGUUUAUGUCUAGCAAUUUGAAAAGUAACAUUUGAACCGAAUCACUAGCUUAGCUUUAGACAGGAAAGUUUGUAAGAAUUUUCUCUAAUUUGAACCCACCUAUUGUGUGUCCUCAUGACACUUUGCUGUAAAGCUUCAUUUAUACAGUCAACUGUUUUCCUUGACAAAUGUUUUUUUCCUCUUGGCCAUAGAACACAAAAUGCUAUUUUUUCCCCUUUGAUCUUAUCAAGGAAAACUUGUGUGAAUGACGCUUUAUCGAUCCUGACCUCCCUCACACAAUGUUCAUUCUCAGUAGGACAUCAAAGUUUUUCCCUAACUUCAAGUUUUUUUUCAUGUUAAUGUAUACCGGAAUGGACCUUUGAACUUCCGCCUUUCUUGUCAUGUGAUAUCUUCAUUUGAUUGGCUGACAUCAUCUUUGUUUUGAAAUGCAAAUUUCGUCGCUUUUUAAAUGAACUUUAAACAACAUGCACGCUCUGACUGUCGAAAAUGUUUUGACUGUCGGCGUAGACGUAUUGGAAACAGUGGGCAAAAUUGCGUCGAAGCAGCUCUUAGAAAAAAAUUAGGGAAAUCUGGAGAUAAAUCAUCCUGUUCUCGCGUCAUUUUUCUGGAAAGCUGUACAGAUGACGUCUCCCUAGUCCGUCUUCUUCUAAGGGUGUUACGUCUUGUUUUGGUGUAAAUCGGUCGCUCUUAAAUCGAGGCUUCUUUUGAUGGAUCUACAAACCAAUGACACAAAACUCGUCCUUUGAAUUGAACGACUGCUUGCCAACGACAGCAGCGGUGGGUGUUUAUCGGUCUUGUGCUGUUUGUGGCUCAACACAGUAUGUGCUAAAGUUAAACGUUUUUGGCGACGUUAGAGCAGUGCAAAUUGGUGACCAUAACGUAGCAAACGUCCCGUCGGCACCUUCAAGCGGAGCUACUCUACUUCAAACAGAUUCAGAUUCUUCUAAUGCUGUAUCAAGCAUAAACGUACAUGUCGUUAGCGACGACGUACGAGAGCCAAAGAAGAAAUUGGGACAGCGACGCCUUCGGUCGAGUAGUUCCAGCUCACGCUCCAAUGUGUUCGUCGGAGAAAUGAAACUCCUUGCCUGUCAGAGUGACAGCUCCAACUUGGAGCAAGCGCUCGAUUUAUUUCAUAACUGUAUCACCCAUCUCCACCCAUUGAGAGACGACGGACAGUGGGAUCAUUUCGAGCUCGCGGCUCAGGGUCUGUUGGAAAGGAACGCGGAUAACCUGGCUUGUCAAACCAUUAUUUACCUGGAGAAAAGCUUAGCGUUAAGUUUACAAGGAAAGUUAACAGAAUCCGAGAAUCUGAUCAAUGAUUCGAUGAAAAACAUUCCGCAGAUGAGCGGAUCAAUUCGACGUUUGCUCGACGUCUUGAUGGACUGCUACAUGUGUCAAGUUAGUCGUCGCAAGCAAUUUCUUGAGCAAGCCAAAAUGUUUGUAGAAACAGCAAAAGAAAAAUCGCGAGGCUUUCCUCCUUGUUUGGCUAUUGCAAUAGUGCUCUAUGAGGAGGGAGGCUACAAGCGAGACUUUGCCGCUACAGUUAAGGGGUGGAAAAAAGAGCAGGCCAUUGCUGAAGCCAAGGAGGUCAUGGAGCGGUGUGUCGAGUUAUGCUGUCGUUUGGAUCGACAACAAGAAGUGUACGUCAGAAAGCAACACAUCGCAAUUUCAAGAAUGGCUAUCAUGGGGCUUCAAUGUGAGACAAAAGUUUCCCGAAGCGAAAGAAUCAGCACAGAGAACAUCAAAGAAGCCAAAACACUUCUUGAAACUCUCGGGACUGACUACUACUGCCAAACUGAGAAGCAAGGUGGACGAAUUCAACGGCUGAUUGCCAAUGUUGAUUUGUGCUACCGUCUCGGUCAUUUAGCUAAAGCAGAACAAAUUGGUCGCAAAGCUCUAGAAAUUGCCAAAAGGCUGCAUUUUAAUCUAGAUGUCAACCCGCUGGAGGAACGGCUAGCUGAAAUCCAUCAAAAGAUCAUACAAUCACCCAGUAACGCAACCUUCCGUGAGAUCCCUGGAAUUAUUGACUCUUUCUCCGAUUCUUCCCAGAAUAGCACGCCAUAUUCAUCAGAGUACGAGGAAGACUUGUCGCCUAUCAGCGAAGUAUUUUUACCAAAAAAUCUUGCUGACUUGGUGAUCUUUUCUUGAAUUUUAAGGCAGCAAUUUGAACUUGAUUAACUUAAGGUUUUCCAUUGACUAAAAUACUGAACUAACCGAUUAAUAACAACGUAUUUCGUAUUUGCAUUAUUUAUAAUGGAUCACUGCCGGGUCAUUGGCCUUAAUCUAAAUAUAACCUUUGAUUGUACGUGUCUAUUUACGCAGAUAUAUACAAACUGAUGUAGAACACUGUAGCUUGUCAGGAUUGUGAUCCUUAACCAAAUAAGAGGCGAUCGAAUUAUUAUCGUUUUUUCUCUUCAUUUUCUGCGCAGUGCUUCGUUUGCUGAUAGGUAAAUUAGCAGAACGAUUAGAGGUAUGAUUUUGACGGCAAGGAGAUAUUGGUCUAGGUCGUCAAUACUAUGUACCUUAUAUUUUUAUGUAUAUUCCUGCUCCAGUGUUUGAUCAGUCAGCAUAUUGCUUUGAGUCUACAACUUACUACUCUUAUUCUCAAGAGUGAAAUGAUAAAGGAAGUGAUUUGUGAACCCUGAUCACUUUGACAGACUUUCAAUUGUAAUUGUUUACAUCUUAAGAUUUAAUUACAGUUUUACUGUAAAAUGCGCCUUUUAUUACCUGUGAUUACUUAACCAUAUCAGUUUCCUUUGUUUUUUGUUUCCCAGCAACGUUUUAGUUCAGAACUCAUCUAAGCGUAAAAUCUUCAUUCAGUUUUUCAAUGUGUAAAUAUGAAUGGUAGUUAAGUACAGUAAAAGUUUAAGAUGUAAAUAGGAUUCGAAGUUUAUGAGGCUCAGUUUAUGUGCCUCUACCCAAGAUUCUAAGGCAAUUUCAGUCUAACACUCCACCACAGAAAAUAGCUAAUAGAGGGGUCAACUAGGAGAUUUGGUUUCAAUUGUUAUAUUCAUUUAUUCUUGGUCUAAUCACCAGACCCCGGUUUCAAGCAUGAUUCUAGUAACCCACGAUACGCGUUAAAUCUGAGCGCUUCCUAUUGAUUCUUUUUGCCUACAAUUUAAUGUUUGGACGCCCUAAUAUGAUGGGUCAUAAUAAACAGGAAAAUAGCUUUUGAACGAAAGAAACAGGAACCUGGAUGAAAAUCAGUCUAACCCCGGGUUUGUGUUAAUCGACCUGAAUAAUGGGCAACAGCUUUUCUUUAGUCUCUUAUUUAAAAGUCUCUCACGCAGCCUUUCUUGUCUCGUCACGCAACGUUCCAUGAGGAGCGUUCUUUGUGAUGUCACCGUUGCGUACGUAACUGUACAAGUAACGGCUGCGCUUUUAGUUCACAAAUCAUAACGUUAACUUACAUAUUUUUUUUCAGUGGGUUAGUUGAUCCUGGUGUGGGUUAUUUAAAUUAAAAUCCAAAAGAUAAAUCCCGAGUUUUCUCUUUUCUCUUUGUCAGUAAAGACAGGGACCAAAUGGGACACAUAAAAUUCUAGCGUGACUACUUAACUCCGGAUAUGCCUAGAAUAAUUAUGCCCCUCGGGGCAUUUUACAUUUGUUAAGCAUUUUUCUUAUGGUCAAUUUUGCGAGAUAUAAAUGAUCAGAAAUUCGAUGAUAGACUGCAGCAAAAAAAAGGUGUCAAACGACUCGCUGUGUGUAGUUUAUAAGAACUACUACUUUCUGAUUGGUACUGUCUGAAGUGAAGGACCAAAGUUCAUUUAGAUGAAAUAUGUCGGGAAAUUUCCCUUCCUCUCACGCAUUAUCUUUCGAUUUUAAAUCAAAUUUUUCCUGUCGACACUUUCACUGUAUUUCGCUGUCGCUUUAAGGUCUCUAAGUCUCUUGAUUUCGGAGCGAAGACGUCGUGAGGAAGCAAGAUCCACAAAACUGACGAAAAAACUACUUCCAGUUGUGGUCGUCAGCCCUCUGACGUAGUCCAAGCAUAGAAGUAGCCAGAUGUUACGUAAUUGUGUUCUUGUCGUCAUGUGUUUGUUUUGAUCAUGUGAUCUUCAUUUGGUUUGUGUGGAAAAAUUCGACGUCGUUGUCGAUUUCUGGGCAUUAAAAGACGUCGAAAAGAAGGUUUAACGAAGGCUAAAUCAAGUCAAGACUGGUGAUAGAAUACAGAAUUCGUGUUGUGCGACCCUUCAUGUGAGUCCGUCCAAGUCGAUCAGCGCGGAAAUGCAAACGUUGUGUUUGUGUGAAAAGGAUCUUCCUCCAAGCUAGUUGUGUACAUAUUGCACUUAAUCACUGUCAAAUAUGACUCCGUCUUACCAAGGGAAAACUUCUACGGCAAGCUUGCCAGUAAACGUGAGAUCGAAACCUAGAGUUCUUCGCUCAAGCGGCACGGAGCAUCCAAACCAAGUUUUCGUUAAUGUGUACAACAAUUCUGGAACUAUUGUGGUGGGCGACAAUAACGAAGUCACAGUUCGUACUUCUGCUUCCAGUAUCACUGGAAUCUACUCCAUUUCGAACGAUGGACUAAGAAGUGAUUUUAUGUCCGCCGGUUUUACCCCAGGACAAAACGGCGUUGCAAACUCGCAAAGCACUGAUCUCUCCCACUAUUCGAGCGGGCAAAGAUCAGCAAUUGGUGCACAGAUAACCAAGGUGACAAGUUUUUAUCCUGUCGUAAAACAUGAAAAUUCUUUUGGAUGCGGACGAGGGAAGAGGAAGGGCUGUCAUGGAGGCGAAAGUCGACGAAAAGGAAGGAAGCGCUUCAAAAACCAACAACCCGAUUCGAGACUUUCCACUCUGAGUUCAGAUGCUGAUGUGGGAGUCUCGCCGGCGUCCAUUGAACUUCCGCUCGACAGUAAUAGCACCAGUUUUCAACAAGGGCUUCAGUCGUUUCACCAUUUGUGCUCUUGUUUACACCCUUCGCGUGACAAUGGCCGCUGGUCUGAGUUUGAUGUUCUCGCCCAACAACUUUUGGACCAAGCAGGCAUCAGUUUGACGGACCAAAUCAUAAUCGACCUUGAGAAAAGCGUGGCGUUGUGCUACCAGAAAAAGCUGGAUGAAUCUGAAGAUUUAAUAAACGAUGCAGAGAAGAGAUUUCCUCAGACCAGUGGAUCCAUUCGGCGCUUGCUUGAAAUGCUCUCAAACUGCUACAGAGCUGGACUUUAUCGAAGGCGAAAACGUUUUGGCCAGAAAAGACAGCAGUGGCUGCAUGCUGCAGAGACACUUGCAUAUGGCUUCCCACCCUGUUUGCCUGUUGGAAUCUUGCUCUACGAGGAAGGCACUUGCAAACGAGACGUAGCUUCUAUUCUGACAGGCCCAAGUAAAGAUGCAGCCAUUGGGGAAGCCAAGAAGCUUAUGCAGCGUUGCAUCGACUUGUGCUGUCGUUUGGAUCAUCAAAAGCAAGUAUAUGUGAGAAAGCAGCACGUUGCUGUUUCAAAAAUGGCGAUAAUGAGUCUUCAUUGUGAGACAAGUGUGUCCCGAAGCAGAAAAAUCGGGUCAAGUAAUGUGGUAGAGGCUGGAAAGCUUUUGGACACUCUUCAGAGUGAUUACUAUCGUCAAACAGAGGUUCAAGGAUCGAAGAUUCAAAGACUCAUUGCAAAUGUGGACCUAUUCUACCGCAUAGAAAAGUUCUCUGAAGCUGAAAAAGUUGCUCAGGAAGCGUUAGAAAUCGCCAAAAGACUGGAGUUUAAUCUGGAUGUGAUGCCGCUUGAAGAUCGGUUAACUGACAUCCGCCGACAAAUAACAGAAUCUUCCAGCAGCGAAACUUAUCGAGAGAUCCCUAGAAUCAUUGACUCGUGCUCCGGUUCUUCCCGGAAUAACACGCCAUACUCUUCAGAGUUCGAGGACAAGGAACAGUUUUAAAUUACUUUUCCUGUGUGUGGACAAGAAAUGGCACGUUGCGGGCGAAGAUCCUACACUACAUUUGCAGCUUUGAAAGAAAUACAAAACUGUAAAUAAACUUUUAGAAUACCAUGACAACUAACCUCGUCCCCAGCUCCCACUCUUAGAAUAUGGUGACCAAAGACCCCUGAAGAAUUCUGGGGCAAUUUAUCAGGCGACAAUGGCGUCAUAUUACCUUAUUAGGGCGAAAAACUCGUAAACUCAUGGGAGCGUUUUAUCUAGUGGCAAACUAGGGGGUCGACGCAAGAAAAACAUUGUACGCCAGAAAUAGUAGGAAAACUGGGACUAUUACCGUUUGUUUACAUUUUUUUUUUUCAAGUAUCCCUGCGCAUUAUUUGUCAAGUCAUCAAAUAAGAAGUUAAUUUUUUGGACAGGAAUUCCAAGUCACAAGAAAACCGGCGUGGCUACCUCUCACAAUUUAAAAUCUCCAAGGCCGACAAUUUCCUUUUUGUCACUUGAAAAAGUAAGCAAAUGCCGUAAUCAAAUAAGGAGUUCAUUUUUUGGACAAGUAUUCCAAGCCCAGCGUGGCUGCGACUCACGGACAUAAACCUCCAAGACUGACAAUUUUUAGAAUAUUUCAGCCAGACAUGAAUUUCAGGCGUCGCCUUUUUAGAACGUCGACGGUUUGGAUGGCGUAGAAAUCGAAAAAAUUAAAGGCUCGACAUGGGAACAUCAAUGUACAUAGGUAUGUAGUAAGUUUAAAAAAAUGAUGUUGCGUUUAUACAGUGCAAUUUCAUUGAUUGUCCCGUCCCCACUUGCGCUUUCUCCAGCUUACAUUCAAUCACCCAACUAAGAAUUCGAUUUUAGAUAUGAAAAGCGCACUCCACAAGGUAACUUUUUGUCAUGUGGUCUCACUGCACCUGUAAACUCAACUUAGCAUAGCGAUCAACAUCAAGUUUCUCCUUGUAACAUCGAUGCUUUAUAAAACAGAGUGGUAACGAGAAGGAAGGACCUGAUCACACAGUGUUAAUGUUACUGAUGCUUUAACAACUUCCACCCGCUAUUUGUAUGGCGAAUGCUUUGGGCAACAAAUGAGAAUUUAAAGUUUGAUAAUUGGGUUCAAUGGGUUCACAUUAAGUGAAAAGGCGUGGUUACUGUCUUCCAAAUGGCUAACGGUCCAACUUAUACUACAAAUAACUGUUCAACUUACAUAAAUGUAGUUAUUUGGUUAUUGGUUUGAGCAAGAUUUCUGGUGUUGUAAUGGCCAGCUGUACUUGUUGUUUUGAGUUAACGAGUUAUUAUUUGAGAUUAGUGAUAUGAAUUCUUUAGAAGUGUUCCUAUGCGGCACCACACACUACUUAAUAACUUGUUGCUGACUACUGUGUUAAAACAGGAGCCGUCGUCUUCCAUUGUAGUUUUCGUCGGAUUUAUUUAGUAUGGUUUUAGUAUGGAAACCGGAUAGGCUUAUCAGAAUCAAAUAUUGAUCGUUUUCACCUGACGUCACGGCGGCCAUAUUAGGGUACAAAAACAAUGAAACGGUGUUGGUGUACCGAAAAAAUCCUUAAGAAUUGAACUGGUUUCUCGUGUCUUUUUCUUUUUCCAAAAAAUAUACCUUGAUGAUCUGUUUUUGCUUAUAUUAUUUUUAAACUAUUCCUCAAAUUAAUAAAGCACAUUACCAAAAUUAAUUAUUCUUCGGUACGUACUGUCGGUGUUAAUAUUGAUCGGGCGUGAGCUCAAGAUAUCUACUCUUAUUUUUUUUCCCUUUAUUACCAGAGUGGUUCGAAUUCAUCAAGUAGCUAAUCUGUAACUUAUUGUAUAUCUCUCUUUGUUGUUGUUUUGCAGGCGAAAGCGAGCUGGCAUCACUCCAAUCAAGUUUGACCUUCCACCCGAAACCAAAUCAGCUAAAAAAUCCAAGUCAAACACCAUCUCAGUGUACACGCCGCCAGGACGACGCUCGGGAGCCUCAAACGGCGUACUCAAAGGUCAGAGCAUGCCCGAGGGAAACAGAGGUCGAGGAGGCUUUCGUGGACGGAACCGUGGCCGUGGACAAGGCUGGAGAGGAGGACGAUAUUAGAUCGAUCACUUGUUCUUGGGCGAUUGUUUUACUUUGUUAAUACGCCACUUUAGAAAUGAGAGGGGAACUGGAGCCGAGAUGUGUCCCCGCAAUUGUUUCUGGGAUUGUUACUGGGGACGCGCCGGUCAGCUAUUGACCAAUCGCAACAGUCCCAGAAGUCCUUGCGAAGUUAACUCGGCUCAGUUUCCUUCUCGUUUCUUAACCCUCUAAGUCCCAAUAUCCACAUACAAAUUCUCCAAACUGAUCUCCAUACAUUUUCUUACAGAAUUAGUUGAGAGAAUGUGUUCAAAGACCAAAGCAUUUUCCCAUUGUUGAUCAUUUGAUUAAUUCUUAUAGCCUUUUCUCUUGAAUAUGUAUCGAUGUGGUUAGGAGAAAAUUCAUGUUGGUCAGUCACUCUUGGGACAUAAAGGGUUUGGUGGCGAAUAGGGAACGGUCAACUCUCAGACAAGUGAAGAACUGUGUACAGAAACCUAACAUUUGGGUUAUUUAUGGAGUAGGCUGUUAUAAAUUAUCAUACGUUUCUUUUCUAACUUCCAUUAAUCUCCUUCCAUCUGCCGUACGGCAGAUACAAUAUUAUAGAAAUUGCUUUACAGUGAUCUGUCUUUUAACUUGAAAGUGCUGCAAUAAUUACCAGUCAUUUAAGAGGAAAUUAAUGUCUUUACUGUGAAAAGAAAUGAUAAUGUUAUCCGCCAGUAAAGAAACUGUUUGCGAGCCCCUGCCGUGGUAGUCGUACUAGUGACUCACUCACACCAAAGCUAAAACAAGCUUAAAAACUGCUUGGUUGGACUCCCUUUAAAAAUGAUUUUUUUAGUUUCUAAGUUGCUCACUUACGUUUCGUGAUUUCACAUGCAAUACAACCAAAGUACAAGUUAGAGCUACGUAAACCAUAUAGUCUCACAAAAUUAAUCGUCAUUUUCUUGAAUCUUACACUCCUUACAAUUCGGGACUAAUUUGCAAAUAUGAUAUUGAAAAUUUUUUUUUUUCCCUUCUUCAAAGGUUGUGUGCGUUACGUUUAUCCUGGCUUACUCCAGGUGUGAAAGGGCUCAUCCUUGGGGUAAAAACCUGUGAAACUCACGCAUGACGUAGAACAAUUAAUACAAACAAGCCAUCGAGAAGUCAACACCAUAGAACCAAGGAAAAUAAUAGCUAGGAAACAAAGAAAAACUUCACAGGUUUUAACACCGAGGUAAACCCUCAACUUGUUUUAACUGCACAUGUUUUGUUGCUGUGAAUAUGGCGUAGGAGUAUUCACAUCAGGUUAGCUCACUGACGUUGGAAUUGUUAUCUCGUUCACACCAACGUACUGUGACAAGAGUAACAAGCCGAAAGAGUAACUGUUGGCUAGUUUUUAAGAAAACCUCAGUUUUUCUUAAUUGUUUUAGCGUUGGCGUGACUGAAGCAAUUGACAAAGCCUCUCAGCUGGAGGAGGCGAGCUCUGUGCUCAGUCUUUUUAAUUGUUUUUAAGGCGAGGGAUAAUUUCCCAUUUUGCUAUGAAAGCAAGUUUGUCUUGCAUACACGAACGCACUGAAAAACGAAGUUGGCGUUCAUUUUUUAAGUAACAACAGUUUGUAUUUCCUGUUGCCUUCUACAAACCGUCGAUUUGCCAGUGUGGUAAUAAAAUGGCUACAUUUUUAUUU